AUGCGCGCUCGGUACGACGGCAUCGGGGACCCCGGCGUGAGCAGGCCGCCCGGGUGCGACUUCGUGCACAAAGUGUUCGACCCUGAGCGGAGGGAGCUGGGGCAGUUGUUUCUCGAGAAGGACCUGGGGACGCUCGUCGUCGAGGAUAACGCGCCGCUCACCGCGUGUCUCAUCAAGCUGGGCGAGAUGGCCGUCAGUAUGUACGAGCACCCCGUGGAGACACUUCUGCCGGAGGAGAAGCGGGCACAGUUCUUUGCGGAGCACAGGAACAAGAUGACGCACGAGAGCUUCAUUUCGACCAUACAGGGAGCGCUGGACGCGGAUGGCUGGCCGGAUGAGGUGGCAGACGGACCGAUUCCCUACUUGAAUAUCGUGAAAGACACGAAGUAUUUUGCAUUGCUAGCGUUUAAGCAAAUGGUGAACAGGCCACGGGUGAUCCGAAGAGCGCUGCCCGAAAAACUUCAAGAGGCAGAGCAACCGACAGUGCCCGGUGACCAGGAAGCCAUCCCAGAGCGUAAAAGCCGCGAGAGGAAUACGAGGGGGAAGGAGGCCGCUGCAAUGGCUCGUCCAGCUCAGAAGCGCAGGAAAGACCAGAAGCGCAAGGUAGCUCAAGACGAGGGCGUCAUUAUUACCGGGACGAGACACCGUAGAGACCCAGGCUCGGCUGGCCCGGUAGCUCCUAAAAAGCGGAAGCAAGUCGCAGCCGGUGAGGACGAGGCUCGGGCGGGGUCGAGAAAGAAACGGGCUAGACAGACGGAUAUGGACGCGAUCGCGACUAGGACUAGAGCCGCGGUGAAGAAAACUGAAGCGUCACGAAGACAAUCGCGUCGAGGGAAGGUCUGA